AUGUCUUUUGAGGAGGACAACAGCCCGUUCUCUAACGGAGUCUCUGGAGAAGCAGACCAGUUCACAGAUUUGCCUUUGUCCGAAGGAGAGGAACACAACUCUAGAAAGAGCAGCGGAAGCUUUCAUCAGCCCCCUGAGAGCAAUGCUGGGGUAAGUGGUGCUUCCAGUAGUGUUUCUGGCGGAUCUAGAGGCGAGCUAAUUGCAAAUGAAGACGAAUCACAACCACAACCAUCAGACGCAUACCCGAUAACUGACCCAAUUCCUGGGGAUUCCCACUUGGCCACACCAACGAUCUCAAUAACAGAGGCCUCGAAGUCUACAGAGACCCACAGUCACAGGAACUACGUUGUAUAUACCAUCAACAUAAGCUCUGGAGCCAUGGUUAAGAGAAGAUACAGCGAGUUUGAGAACCUGCGGAAUUGCCUGGUGAAGCUUCUGCCGACUAAAAUCAUUCCCCCCAUUCCUGAGAAACAAAGCCUGAAAUCCAGUCUAACUGCAACAACCACUUCGUCUCUGGGAAUUGUCUCUAAUGGCGAGAAUGGACUCCAUGGAGAGUCAAGUCUGAGCUUUGUGGAGUACCGAAAGCGGAUGCUCGGGGUGUUCUUGAACAGAUGUCUCCAGAUUAAGGAUAUUUCUGAAAGUCCUCUUUUCAACAGCUUUCUGGACCCCAAAACGAAUUUCAAUGAGUAUCUGGGUUCCAGUGUGGGCUCUGCACUCACCAAGACCUCCAUAUACAGGCUUUCUCCAUUUGACCCACUUUCCAACCUCGAUAACCAGCUUUAUUUGACUCUGCCGAAUCCUCAUGGCGUUGGAUCCAAUGGAAAUGUCGGAACCGCAGUGUUGAGCAACGUGUAUCUCUCGAAAGAGGACGAGCAGCAAAAUGAACUAUUCAUUCAGUUCGAGGAGAAGUUUAAUCAGUACGAGACCGUGCUUUCGAAUGUUGCACGAAUCAAUAAGAAGAUGAUUAAGCACUUGAAGGAGCUUUCUGCUGAUAUGACUGAGCUUGGAUCCCAGUUCAAUGCCCUUUCAUUGACCCAGGACUCGAACUUGAUAGAGUACAUUGGCCGGGCUUUCGACAACAACUAUGUUGGACUCAAAAAUCUGGCAGAGCUCAUAAACUUGGAGUUUUUGCAGCGCCUCGUUGAGCUGAAGAAUUUUACCAAGGCAGCGAUGGACCUCAUUGACUAUAACAAGCACAAGAUUGUGCAAUUGGGUAGCAUAGAACGGUCUCUCAAGAGCAAACAGCAUGAAAUUAUUGAGAUUGAAGCACGCGAGGCAGAACUAAGAAGAAUUGAAGAAACUGCAGACAGUAUAGCAGGUACCAACGGUGCGAGAUCAAGUGCGAAACAAGCACAGCAGAAUUCUCCAAUCUCGGACACGGAUCUCCAAAACUCAUUGGCAUCGGCAAAGAACAAGUCGUAUUUGGGCAAAAUCCCAGGAUUCAAGAAGGUGACCAGUGUGCUACAAUCGAUGACAGAGAACAACAUCGAGGAGACUCGCAAGAGAGAAGCCCACGAACUGAGAAUUCGUGUUUACCAACUCCAGCGACAACACGAGCUGGUGAGUGCAGAUGAUCCCAGGAUCAAUAGGGAAGUGAUAGCCGAACUGACUUCGUUCCAUGCAUGGUUCAAGCAGCAGUUGAACGACCUGGUAGUCCAUUACAGCGGGUUUCUGCAUGAAUUUUACUCUAAGAACAUGGAGGUUUGGGAGGAUGUUGAGCAGUGA